UUCAUAUUUAUUCAAUUUUAUUGAUAUUCUAUUCUCCUCAUUCUCGUUGAAUAUCUGAAAAUCAUAUAAACUCUUGAACACCGCUACUCGCGUCAGUUCUUAGCCUUAUAGGUUUUCAGAAAGGCGAAAUAUUAUGUUAUGAAGCAUUAUUUUGAAGAAUUAUUACAUCGCUUCGCUUAUGAUUUUGGAAAGGUUUUUCAAUGGAGAUGAAGUUGAUUAUGUCAGUGAGACAUGGUUGUAGACAGCCACAACAGCUCAUUGACACGAAACGAAAAGCGUAGCCUUUAAGCUUGUAGUUCAAACUUCUUAUUCCAUUAUGGACAGAAAAUAAAAAAAAAUUGAAAUGGCCAAACAGCCUUCGACGAAUGAUGCCUGCCGCAAAGAGUUAAGCUCAUUUUUAAAGCAGCUUUCUCUUGACCAUUUGGACAGUAUCUUUCCAAGCACUAUGAAUCUCUCACAAUUUAGAGCGCUUACGGAAGAUGAAUUAGAGCAAAGUUUUCACGUUAAUGAUGAUAAAGACCGGGAAGAUAUCAUGCGAGCUGUGAACACAUCAAGAGAAGAUUACAGUGAUGAUGAAGACGAGUCGGAUUGUGAAUCUAAACAACUAUCGUUGACACUCCCCAACGAUUUUAAAGUUUCAACCAAGUCUGGAAACGAUGGAAGAAAGUUGAUAAAGAUGGAAAAUUUUGUAUUCUUCAACGGUCCCGAGGAGACGACAAAUCUUCUUAAGAUGCGAUCAUUAGGAAGCUCUGAGCCUAAUCUACGAGCUCUAUCGGAGAUGAGCAGCAGGAAAUAUAGCAUGGCUUGUGUUCGUAGACAUCAUAGAAAUUGUGGAUCUGGAAUUAAGAUACCACAUCAAUCUGGGUCUCCAAGAGGCUGGGAAAGUCCAACUAGUAGUCCUUUACACGGCUCAUGUGCAUCGUCAAUACCGCUUCAUUUCAACUUUUCGGCUUCCAGAUGUCGGAGGUGGUCUGUUACAUCUUCUGGUUAUGGUACAACUCCUUACUCAUCGUACUCGUCUUUGACGUCUUCUCAAGACCGACUAAAUCAGUUACCGAACAUUCCCUCGUUUGAUGACUUGCAUUUCAGUGAUGUCGACGACGAACGCUUUUUGCAUCGUGGUCGUUCACGAAGUCUAAGCCCGACACGGAGUAUUGAUGCUCAUACAAGCGAUAUAUUUAAUUCUGCAUGUUUGUACAAACAUCGUUUUCCAAAGGCUGUUGAGCAGAUGGAGGAGAAGUUAAAGGAAUUUAUUGAAAGCCACGUUGGAGAUGACAAUGAAGUGAUGAAAGUUGGUGAUGGUGUUUCAAACUUCUUUCUUGUCCAGGUUGUUGAGGCUGCUCGCGAUUGUUUAAGCAAGUCUAAAGAUGGUGUUCUAACUAGCUGCUAUUUUGUCGAUUUGAGUGAUAAUUUACAUAGAUUAUUACAUGAGGCUCGAUCAAAGACGGAUAACGAAAUUCCUGUCAUAAAAGUAUUUCGACAGUUGUUCAUCAUUGUAUCGCGUGUUGCGCGACUUCUUGCUUGCUUGGAAUUCAACCCGAAAGAGUUCUACAAUAAUCUACAAGCUACUGAAGUACGAGCUGACGAGUUGAAAAUUAUGACCUUGUCUAAACAAGACGUUUUACCCAGUAGCCAGGAUUCUCCACGCAGUGAAGUUCCACCAUCUGAAGAUGAUUUUCAGUACAAAAAAUUGAUUAGCAAUGGGGCCUUUGGAGCUGUGUAUUUGGUUCGUCAUAAAAAAACUGGAAUGAGAUUUGCCUUGAAGAAAAUGAAGAAGCAAAGUAUGAUCUUAAGAAACAAGGUUAGUCAGGUAUUUGCAGAACGUGAUAUCUUAGAAUUUACAGAUAAUCCAUUCGUGGUCGGAAUGUGGUGCAGUUUUGAAACCAAGAAAUAUUUUUGUUUGGUCAUGGAGUUCGUUGAAGGAGGUGAUUGUGCUUCUUUGCUGAAGAAUAUUGGUUGUUUACCUGCAGAGUUAGCUCGACAAUAUUUCUCCGAAACUGUUCUGGCUUUGGAAUACAUACACAGUUACGGUAUCAUUCAUCGAGAUUUGAAGCCGGACAAUUUACUCAUUACUUCCUUGGGUCAUAUUAAACUAACUGAUUUUGGUCUUUCAAAGAUUGGUUUAAUGGAAAUGACAACACAUCUUUACGAAGGAUCUAUGGAGUCUAAAGAUGGAAAACAAUUUAUGGACAGACAGGUGUUUGGAACUCCGAAUUAUAUCGCACCUGAAGUCAUUCUUCGUUAUGCUUAUGGUAAACCUGUUGAUUGGUGGGCAAUGGGUGUUAUAUUAUAUGAAUUUCUUGUUGGUUAUACUCCAUUUUAUGGUGAUACACCUCAAGAUCUUUUCAAUCAUACAUUGAGUGGCGAGAUAACCUGGCCUGAUGACGUUGAAAUUGCUGAAGAUGCCAGACAGCUUAUACUGCGCUUAUUAGAUGAGGAUCCUUCAAAAAGAUUAGGUGAUCACGAAGUGAAGACGCAUAUUUAUUUCACUGGUUUGGAUUGGGAUGCUUUAUUACGUCAAAAAGCAGAAUUUAUACCACAAUUAGACGAUGAGGAAGACACGAGUUAUUUUGACACUCGAAUGGAACGUUAUAACCACGCAUUAGAAAGUGACGACGACGAUGAUGAUAGAUCUUUGGACUUCAGUAAUUUUUCUACCUGUUCCCCUCGGUAUUCAAGAAUAUGUAAUUCACCGUCACCACUUGCUUCAUCACCUGUCUCACCGAUUGGUCAAGAAAUGUUUAAUGAACUUAAGUCUAGUGAAAAAACCAUUCGUAGAACAUACAGUGAUGGAAGUAAUUCCCCUCCCACAGUACGACGACGUAGUAAGACCGAUUCUAGUAUUUCCUGUUUUAACGAAAGCAAAACGGACUCAAAUGCGUCAUUUGGUCAUCGUCAUCACAGUGAUAAUGAAAGUGUUUUGGAUCCACCACCUACAAAGUUGUCAUUUGCCGGUGCUGAGGAAAAUCAAGAAAAAGUUGUUUCCCCUCGAAGGAACUUUCCUUGUCGCGAGUCAAAUCAUUCAAGCAAUAGUGACAUGUCUCACAACAAUUCUCGUGAUCAAGAAGCACCACCAAAAAUUUCUGCUACCCCCAUUAAAGAGAAGAAAUCAUUAAGGAGAACCGGUGCCAAUGCUCCAGUUCCAUAUUUACUAAUACCCAAACCUCUAGAUGUUAAAGAGAUUCCGGUGAACCUUGUUCUGCCCCAUCAUCACCUACAAAGUCCAUUCCAGUCCCCAUUGAGUCCUCGAUCACCACCAACGUCUCCACGACUUCUGCGCAAAUCAAGUUUCAGGAUUGCAAAUCGGCAAUCGAUUACAUUUAAGAAGUCUGUCAAUGGCCUGGGAUUUUCUUUGGAAUCUAUCCGUGUUUAUAUUGGCGAGACUGAUUAUUUUAUUGUGCAUCAUUUAAUUAAGAAUGUAACACCUGGAAGUGGAGCUGCUGAAGCUGGAUUGAAAAUUGGAACGUUGCUUACACAAGUUGAUGAGAAGAGCAUCAAUGGCCUCAACCAUCGUCAAGUUAUUGAAUUAUUACUCAGUCGACAGCCUGUUAUUAAACUAACAACUAUUGAUCUUUCUCAAACCACCAUCAAACGUGGCGGAAGGAAACGUUUUACAUCUGUUAGCAAACGUAUUGGAAAACGUUCAUCAUUUCGUAGCCACAAGAGAAGUUCUAGUAAUCAUUCUAUUCCUGCUACAGAUGAGCGCUCACGAAAGAGUUCUGUUAUUAGAAGAUUUAGUGUAAGACGAAGUACGUCGCCUAGAUGUGCAAGACGCACAAGUUCACUUAAAAGAACUUCAUCUAAUGUUGAACGUGGUAGCACUGCUUCACGUCGUAUGCAUUCUUCAAUGAUUGUGUCGUCAUCACAAAGCAGUAGUCCGUCCUCAUCUCCUGGGGGGUCUGGAACCCAUAUGGCAAGACCCGGUGCGUUGCAAACAUACUCUAAGCAACUCAAUCGACGGAAAUCUUCUAGUCAAGCUCCGCUAUCACCUCUUGCGAGAACACCAUCUCCCUGCUCUUCGCCAUCGCAUCAAAAAUCCCCCAAACGUAGCUCCUCUCCUCUUACUGUUCGCACUUCGUUAUCCCCCAUUCACCCUAGAACCCUCAACGUGUCCCCAUCUCCUUCAGGUCGUCCGGGCUCACCGUUACUAAGGCGAGCGUUGUCACCAGAAAGAUAUAAAACUGCUCCAGCAGGCCAAAUCAAGUUUGAAAUUUAUCAAAGUAGUGAUAAAAAAUUCAGAACUACAACGAGUUUGGAUAAACCUGAGAGCAGUUACAAAUGAUAUUCGCCAAAGAUGAACAGCUUUAAAUCACCGUAACAUGUUUAACUCGUGAUUAUCAUGGUCUGUUAAUUCUUGUGAAAGUAUACUAAAAGCGUACAAAUUACGGCGUUGACGUCUUAGGAAUGUGUGGACCAUCUUGUGUUGGGCUCAAUGCAAUGUGGGAAUAACCUGCUACAAAAAUGAAACCCAAUGAAACAUAGGAAAAUCUUUAGAAAGAGAUAAAAUCACUGAGGAAUAUCUGGCGUCAAGUGUCUUUUCGAAAUUCAAAUCAUAUUGCAUUGUAAAAGUGGUUUGAUGAAUGGGAUUUUGUGAAAACUUCUGUACCUCAAUGAAAAGAUGUAUAAAUACUAUAUGUUCGAUGUGUAUACAGAGGCGUAACUAGAACGUUAAUUGGGGGGUGGGGGUGUAAAUUCAUAUAUUCAGUUGUGCCCUACAAAUUUCUUUUUAAAUUUAAUUCACUUUCAUAUGAAUAUGCACCCCAUUUAACGUUCUAGUUACGUGUGCAUUACCUACAAAAACAGUAAAUUGUGUUUUUAAAUGGGUCCAAUAAAUACGGGAUGUGUGUACGAACACAACUUUACUCUUCUGAUUGCAUAUUUAUACUCAAUCUGAUACGUUGAAGUCAUGGAGUAUUCACUGCGUAGUUCUUUCAAAAUUGUAAAUGUUAAAAGUAUUUAACUUUAAGAAUACAUUCAACAAGAACUAUGAAUACAAUGCCUUGUUUUUCUACGCUUGACCUCUUCACAAUUUAUAAAAUAUUUUCAACUUUGUACAUAUUUUCUUUAAUUACUUGUCGCUAAAUAAUCAAACUAACGAAUAAACUAUUAGCUUGUCGUUUACAUAA